GGAUUUGAAAAAGUAUCAAUCAACAUUUGUUCGUUGAAUCGAUAGCAAGAUGUUCAAGUUUGUAACAGUCGUCGCCUUCCUCGCCGUGGCCGCCGCGUCACCCGACCCAGCUCUCAUCAGUACUGCUUCUUUGGCCUACUCGAACGGAUUCGCUCCAGCCCUCACAACCUACAGCGCAUCUGGAAACUUCUACAACCCUUCUCCUCUGGUCUACUCGUCCCCAGCUUUGGCCUACUCUGGUAACUACGGCAUCCCGCACUUUAUCAAGAAACGGUCUGUACCUCUGGUCAGUAGCUACAUCGCAUCAGCUCCCUGGGGCUUCGGCGCUGCUCCUCUGGGUACCACCUACGCAGCUACUUCCCUUGGCAGCCCCUACGCCACCGCCUACAACGCGCCCCUACUUCACUCUAGCCAAGUGUACACCACUCACUUAAUCAAGAAGCGUGCCGCCCCCCUGAUCGUGCCCUCAGCCUCCUACAUCGCUUCAGGAGCGUACCCCGCCUACUCCGCAUACUCUGCCGCUGCUCCUAUCUACUCUUCUCCCUACUACUCCUCUCCCUACUACGCAGGAUCUCCCUUAGCCUACACUCAAUUCAUCAAGAAGUAAGUGCGUAAAUAGAUUGCGCAAUAAUACAAUAAUACAGGACGUGCAUAAUAAAUACCUUGUUUGAGACCUUUGUACAUUUUUUGAAAUGAAUGUGUAAAUAAACGCCAUUGACAAAAUAA